GCAUGUGCCUUGUUUUGCUCUAUAAAUACUCGCCUUGGAUUUGAUUAGCUCCUAAACCACAUUUAGAUUUUGUGUUGAGUCUUCCACUGGUUAACCAAACACAAUGGUCCCCACCGAAGCUGCUGUUCCCUUACAAAACCAGAGUGAAAUUCUUCGCCCCUUACCAGAUUUCCCAGACGACAUUUGGAGUGAUCAUUUUGAUUUCUUCUCUCAGGAUCAACAGGUAUAUGAUAUGUAUGCCAAAGAAAUUAAAAUGUUAAAGGAAGAAGUAAGGAACAUGCUAUUGGCAACAGAAAACACAAUAACAGAGAAAUUGAGUUUGAUAGACAUCGUACAACGACUUGGUAUCUCAUACCAUUAUGGAGCAGAGAUUGCAAACCUAGUAGAGAAGACAUUCAAAGUAUAUGCCAAUACUAAAGAGUAUCCAGAUGAUUUACUCUCUGUUGCACUUCAUUUUCGACUGUUCAGACAACAUGGUUUUAAUAUUUCUGAGAGUAUUUUUUACCAAUUUGUGGAAACUGAUGGGAAAUUCAAGGAAUCACUAAGUACUGACAUGAAAGGUUUGUUGAGCCUGUAUGAAGCUGCUCAAGUGAGGACACAUAAAGAUAUCAUUUUAGAAGAAGCUCUUGCUUUUGCAGAAGCUAAUCUAAAACAUGUGGCCUCAUAUACAAGUCAUAGCCUUGCAAAACAAGUCAACUAUACCCUUAAGCAGGCGCUCCACAAGUGCAUCCCAAGAAUAGAGGCUCGCCAUUAUAUCUCUGUCUAUGAGGAAGAUGAAUGUAGGAAUCAAUUACUUCUCAAGUUCGCCAAAUUGGACUAUAACUUGUUACAAAUGUUGUACAAACAAGAACUUUCAGAGAUCAUAAGGUGGGGAAAUGAGUCAGAAAUUGUAUCAAAACUUCCUUAUUCAAGAGCACGACUUGUUGAAAGCUACUUUUACGGUUUAGGAAUGUUUUUUGAGCCUCAACAUUCUCUCGGCCGAAUCAUCUCAGCAAAGACUACUGCCCUGCUUACAGCGAUCGAUGACACGUAUGAUUCCUAUGGCACUCUCGAUGAGCUAAUAACCUUCACUGAUGCAAUUGAAAGGUGGGAUGCUAAAGAAAUUGAUCGAUUAUCAAUCUGCAUGAGAACAUCUUACUUGGCCCUUUUAAAUGUCAGUGAUGGUGUUGAUAAUGAGUUAACUGCACAACAAAGGUCUUAUGCAUCCGACAAGUAUAAAGAUGAAUGGAAACAAUAUGCAAGGAGUAGCUACAUUGAGGCACUGUGGUUUAUCCCAAGAGAAUUGCCAGCAUUUCCUGAUUACUUGAGCAAUGGAUUGGUCACGAGCUUAUGCUAUCUACUAAUACCAACAGCAUUACUUGCAAUGGAAUGUGCUACCGAGGAGGUGUAUGAUUGGCUAUCAAACUAUCCUAAAAUUCUUGUUUCUUUAGCAAAAAUAUGCCGAUUGACCAAUGACAUCGGGUCUUAUGAGCGUGAGAAACAAUACAGAGGCACUGGAAUCGAGUGCUAUAUGAAGCAUUACAAUGUGUCUGAGCUAGAAGCAAAGAAGAAGUUUGCGGAUAUUGCAGAGGACGCUUGGAAAGACAUCAAUGAGGAAUUUCUUAAGCUCAGUACAACUAUUCCAACGGAAAUUCUCGAGCGAUUUCUUAACCUAGCAAGAAUUGUGAAUGUUUUCUACAAGCAGGGAGUGGAUGGUUUCACUAAUCCACACAAUGUUGUGGAGCCUCAUAUUAUAGAUUUGCUUAGGGAUCCAAUUAUUUUUUGAGUAUGAAUAUUUGAAUUAGCGCUA